CCGCUAAACUCUUCAGUCAAAGAAGGUAGAUAAAUUGUGUAAAAGAAAAUGGAAAGGUUUAGAUGUUGCCAUUCACACGAUUUUGCCAUUGAGAAAGAAAGGUAUAAGGAGGAAGGCUUGGAAACUCAAACAUCAGAAGAUCAGAAAAAUGUUGAGGAAUCGAUAUCACACUAUUUCAAGUAUUUUGCUGCCAGAAGCCAUGCAGAAAAAGAGUCUUUUGAUUUGCCAUCUCUCAAGAGGGAUCAACACCUUCUCUUCCUGAAGAAAGGGUUACAGCACCUGUCCAAUUCUUAUGAGUGCCUGGACGCCAGUCGAAGCUGGUUGUGUUACUGGAUUCUUCACAGUUUGGAGUUACUAGAUGAACAUGUCUCCAACGAUGAAAUCACACUAAUCUCUCAGUUUUUGAAAAGAUGCCAGUGUUCCAGUGGAGGUUUUGGAGGUGGCCCCGGGCAGUAUGCUCAUUUAGCCACAACCUACGCCGCAGUGAACGCUUUGUGUAUUCUGGGAACAGAGGAUGCAUUCAAAGUCAUCAACAGGGAGAAACUUUACUCAUUUCUGAUGAGAAUGAAAAAUGGAGAUGGGUCUUUUAGAAUGCACGAAGGGGGAGAGGUUGAUGUAAGGGGAGCUUACUGUGCUGCAAGUGUAGCCAGACUGACCAACAUUGUCACCCCCGAGCUGUUUGACUGCACUCCAGAGUGGAUCACAAGCUGUCAGACCUAUGAGGGAGGAUUUGGGGGAUACCCAGGACUGGAGGCCCAUGGAGGGUAUUCCUUCUGUGGACUAGCUGCACUAGUCAUUCUAGGACACGGGAAGCUGUGUAAUGUGGAGAAAUUACUAAGAUGGACAGUUAACCGCCAAAUGCGGUAUGAAGGUGGAUUUCAGGGGCGUACCAAUAAACUAGUGGAUGGUUGUUAUUCAUUCUGGCAGGGUGGAGCCCUGCCUCUUAUCCAUAUGGUACUUGCUCAGGAACACAAUGACAACCUUAGCUCGGAAAAGUGGAUGUUUGACCAGGAUGCCUUACAGGAAUACCUUUUAUUAUGUUGUCAGUAUGCAGGGGGAGGACUUAUAGACAAGCCAGGAAAGGCUCGGGACUACUAUCACACCUGUUACUGUCUGAGUGGGCUGGCUAUUGCCCAGCACUUCGCAGGCGGAAAGAUUGCCCACCUGAAUGUAUUAGGAGAUCCUAGGAAUGAAUUGAAACCAACCCAUCCAGUGUUCAACAUAGGAAUAGAAGCCGCAACGCAUGCUACCCUCUACUUUGAAAAAUUGCCUGUACCAUCCUCACCUUAAAUCAUCAUUGUCUGUAUCAUUUUUGUUUUAUCUAAAGAGGCCCAACUUUUUUUAUAUCCAUUCCACCAUGUUUAGAACUGAAUGCUGCAAUCAUUAAAUUUUACCAGAUAAACUCUCCUUGCUCCGUGGCAUUAUGAACAAGUACAUGUAUUUUUUAGCAUAAUAAGUGCCAUAAAACUUGUGCUAUUGUUGUGAACUGUGACAUUUUCUGUUGUCAUUGAUGAAUAAAAUUGAAAACCUUG